AUGACAAUGAUGAAACUUUUUGGAAUCGUCUUUUUCUGUGGCCUCCUCUCGCCCUCCCAAGAAGUCUUGUCCGGUCUGUCCUGUGCCGUCAGUCCAGGGGCAAUGCAGAACGUUCUCUCGGAUGCCAUACUUCAGAACGGGCUUCUCCAGCAGCACCUGCAGGGCCUCGUGCUCCCAAACAUCAUGGGUGAAGGGGGUCUGCUGAACUCCCCCACCAGCAUCACUGGCCUACACCUUGUCAAGGUUCGGCUCCCCAAGCUGUCAGUGGUGCUGCUGCCAGGAAUCGGGGUCCAGCUGACCAUCGCCGCGAAGCUGGAGCUCAGCGGCAACUGCUUGGUUGGCCUUCUUUCAGAACUAAUUGAUAUCUUAGUGGAUGUGAACAUUACUGCAAACAUUAAAUGCACGAAUUUUGAAUCGGGCACGGUCCAGGUCGUCAUUGAAGACUGCCUCUGCAUUCUUGGUGCCAUAAAGAUCAAGCUCCUUUCUGGCUUGCUCUCCCUAUCAGUAAAUGAGAUAGUGCUUAACCAGCUGACAGCAACUCUGCCCGGUUUGCUCUGUCCUGUAGUCGAUAUUGUCGUCAACCUUGUGAACAUCCAGCUCCUGGGCACUCUCAACGCGGUGAUCCCAGUCGGUACGGCAGGGACGAUUCACUACCAGCUGGCCAGCCUCCCGUUUACCUCUGGCUUGUUCCUUGGGUUGGAUUUAGAUGGUGCGGUGAAGCAGGUGGGAGGCAGCAUCAUCCCCCACGACUCAUCUCCCUCUGCUUUGCCUCCGCUGCUGGACAAGCUUCUGGUCUUGGGACUGCGCCAGAGCUUUCUCAAUGCAGUCUUGUCCCUCCUGGUCCAGAUACCGCCCCAGACCUUCACCUGCACGCCAGAAGUCUUCUCCGGUGCCAGCCAUCUGCGAGAAGCCAUCACGGCCCUCAUUCCUGCUGGGUGCUCCACCUGCCACGGGACCAGUCCUCUGAGCAUUAGGCUAACGUUGUCUGGGAACCCGCUCAUCCUCUUGGAAGAAAACAAAGCCACCGUCGAGCUGUCGGUCAUGAUUCAGGUGUUCAUUAAGCAUUUAGACGGACCCAUCCUCAACCUCCUGCUGCUGAAGGCCGACCUCGGCCUAAACGCCCGCGUGUCGAUUGCUGGAGGCAGACUGGUGCUGGGGUUGUCCCUGGGCAGCACUUCCCUCUCCUUGGAGUCUUCUGAUGUUGGCAUCAGUAACAUCUCGAAUUUGAAGCCACACUGCAGCAGUCUGCUGGUGGAAACAUUAUUGCCCCUUAUCAACGGCGCUCUGGGCAUCGGGAUCCCGCUGCCGAACGUGCUGGGCAUUCCCUUAAUAAAGGUGGAUAUUCAGAUAUUAGCGGGCCUGCUGGUGAUUCUUGUGUGAGCUGGGGCGCACACGGCACGGAGAGGUCUUUCUGGGCACAGAAGGAGGAAGAAAGACCGGCGAGGAUGGGGCAUCGAGACCGGCAUUAUCUACUUUUCUUUUCUAAACUUGAUUCAAGAUUCUUGAUA